AUGGCUUCCCAUCCCCUCAUCGGACUCCCCAAGGUCUAUGCGAGCAAGGGGAAUAAAUGCGUCCCACCCACCAAUGACUUCCUCCUCGGGACAUGGCAUGUCACCCACUCCAGUCUGCCACUCUGGAAGGGCAAGUGCAACGUCAACAUCACCUACCAGAUGCUGCCGCCCGACGCGUCCAGCACGAUCAAGAUCGACGACCUGGUGCGAUACCAAGCCCUCGGAUCGGACAAGGUCAAGACGGUGCACGGGGUGGACACCCCGACGCCAGGAAACCCUGGGGCCUGGGACUGGCGCGGCAAGGGCUGGCUGAUGAUUGCGAGCUCGCACUGGGAAUGCCUCGGCUUCGGGAAUGCCCUGGAUGGCAACCAAUGGCUGGUCACUUACUUUGCCAAAACCCUCUUCACCCCGGCCGGCGUUGACAUCUACUCGCGAACCCCGGACGGGCUGCCCCAGACCAUGAUCGAUGAGAUCCUCGCCGCGCUCAAGGGACUGGGGGUGGAGGAGAUCACGGAACUGGCCAGCAGCAUCUUUUCGAUUCCGCAAACCAGCCAUGCAGAGUGCCCGAGCUGA